CACAUUUUAUGUGUGUGGAAUGAAUUAAUUUAUAUGACUUCUGUAUUAGUAGAAAAGCAGUGACCAUACUGAUAGGAAGGUUUUUGAUCCAAGAUGUUUACUUGCUUCACAAGUAGCUGCAUGCUUGGAGUGUUUAUGCAAAUGAAUAUAUUUCUGUAUGUGGUGAUAGAAUGAAUGAAUUAAUAGAUCAUGAUGAGUGACAAAGUAUUAAGGCCCUGUUCUAGAAAGAUUUGAGGUACUCAAAAAAAGUGAGAUUUUUGUUUGUAAUAAUAAAAGCAUUAUUUCUCCAUUCCCAAAUUCAUUAUUUUUCCAUUACAUUUCCUUUCCAUUACAUUUCCAUACUCAAGAAGGGAAGGAGCCAAGAGAGAGAAACAUGAGAAUAUGUCUGAAGAAAAUCAAAAGGUUUUGGUGGGUUUUUUUUUUUUGUUUUGUUUUUUGUUUUUUUUUUUUUUUUUUUAGCUAGUUCUGGGAUUAUGGCUGAGAAGAGUUUAUUAAUUUUGUGCUUUAUAUUUAAGCUCUAUUUGAGGAAGAAUGACUUUUUUGGUAAAAACAUUUUACUCUUGUGAGCUGACCUAAAGUGCCGUGUAUUUGCUUUCUCCAUUACCACUGCUGCUACUGCUACUCCUGCUAAUAAUGCAUUUAUCUGCAUUAGAGAGAGCAUGGGAACCAAAUCAGAAAUCAAUUUUGUGUAAACUGUGUCGAGAGAGAACUAGGGGGAGAGCACACGAGCUCUCAAAUCCCUACUGUUUCCCAUCUGCAGGUCAGAAGGACGCAACAGGUGGAAGUAAGUUGGAAAAGGAAUUCAGGACAAGCAAAUGGGAAUGCAUUCAAGUGUUUGUCAGGUUCAACUCCAGCCAUGGCUUCCCGAUGGAGUUUGGUUCAGAUGCCAGCAUCCUCCAGCUGAAGGAGGCGGUUGCCCAGCGACAGGGAGUUCCAGCUGAUCAGCUGCGGGUGAUUUUUGCAGGGAGGGAGCUCAGCAAUGACUUGACACUGCAGAACUGUGACCUGGCCCAGCAGAGUAUCGUUCAUAUUGUUCAGGGUCCACAGAAGAACAGUCACAACAAGGAUGAGUCAGAAGACAACCGUGCUGGAGGUAUUCUGAAAGCCUUGGAAAGAGAACCUGAAAGUCUAACUCGUGUAGAUCUCAGCACCAACAUCCUCCCAUCACACUCUGCAGGGCUGGCUGUUAUUCUGGAUGCCACAAAAAGCAGCAUUUCUCUUCCCUUUGAAAAAUCAGGUGCAGCUAGUUACAACAGUUUUUAUGUUUUUUGCAAAAAUUUCUGCCAAGCUGUGAAACCUGGGAAACUGAGGGUCCGCUGCAGUGUGUGUAAACAAGGAACACUGACGUUGACAAGGGGUCCAUCUUGCUGGGAUGAUGUGCUGAUUUCCAACAGAAUAAGAGGUGUUUGCCAGUCCGAAAGGUGCAAUGGAAAUAUAGCGGAGUUUUACUUUAAAUGUGGAGCACACCCAACCACCGACAGUGAAACAUCUGUGGCUUUGAACCUCAUUACAACAAACAGUCGCUGUAUCACAUGUAUAACAUGCACAGAUAUUAGGAGUCCUGUGCUUGUGUUCCAGUGCGUGCAUCGCCAUGUCAUUUGCCUAGACUGUUUCCAUUUGUACUGUGUGACUAUGCUGAAUGACCGUCAGUUCAUCUAUGACCCGGAGCUUGGCUAUUCCCUCCCUUGCGUAGCUGGCUGUCCAGACUCCUUGAUUAAAGAGCUUCAUCACUUCAGGAUUCUGGGAGAAGAACAGUACAACCGCUAUCAGCGCUAUGGGGCUGAGGAGUGUGUGCUGCAGAUGGGAGGAGUGCUGUGUCCAACUCCCGGCUGUGGAGCGGGUUUGCUUCCUGAACCAGGAUUGAGGAAAAUUGUAUGCGAACCAGGCAACGGAAUAGGCUGUGGGUUUGUGUUCUGCCGUGAAUGUAAAGAAGAAUACCAUGAAGGGGAAUGCAGCUCUCUCCUCAGCACACAGGGAGCCAUGGCCCAGAAGGGGUACGUAGUUGAUGAACGUGCAGCCAUGCAAGCUCGAUGGGAAGAGGCAUCUAGAGAAACAAUCAAGAAGACAACCAAGCCAUGCCCCAGCUGCAAUAUUCCAGUAGAAAAAAAUGGUGGCUGCAUGCACAUGAAAUGUCCUCGCCCUCAGUGCAGAUUUGAGUGGUGCUGGAACUGUGGCCUGGAGUGGAACAGAACCUGCAUGGGAGAUCACUGGUUUGACUAGUGGUGCUGAGGCCAGCCUGCAUCGCUGCUAAAGUUUGUUUUCUUCAGGGCCAAAUUCUGAACUCCUUGCUUAAACAAAACUCCCUGUGGCUUCAGGGACACAGAGUUCAGAAGUUGCCCAGUUUGUUGGUUUUUGCUUUCUUGCAUAUGCAAUCAUAUCAAAAUCACACGCAAGUUAUGCCAAGGGUUUUAAAUCCACUAAGUAAAAAGAGUAAUUGUUCAUCAUGGUACAAAGAUAGGCAAAUUACACCUUUCUGAACUUGUGCAGUCUGUCAGCACAGAGAGCAGACAGGGUUACCAUGAGGAACUUUGCUUGACAUUUAUAGUCAGGAAUCCAUAAUGCUUGCAAGAGAGAGCAGCCUGCAUAUGCGCAUGUGAGUGCAUGAGUGUCAAGGGGGGGGUGGAGGAUGUUCCCCGCAUCAGCUGCUUUUUCUUUGACCACUCCUUUGCUCAUUCAGCACAGUUCUUGAUUUUGAGGCAGUAUUUCUUAACAGCUUUUUUUGGCAGAGGGAAGACUGCGGCUCUUCAGUGUUUUCUCAGGGUUCCUUCCUAAUAGGCUUUCUGUAGGGGUCUUGCUUUCACACCAGAUUCUCAUAGAAACAUCCAGCUUUAUGCAAUAUUUGUGCUUGUGUAUUUGUAACAUGCAACACAAAACCUGCCUAGGUACUCAUUACAGGCUUUGUUGCCAUUGGAAGAUUAGCUAAGGAUGCAGUUUCAGCUGUAACUGUGACUGCUGUUGCAGUGGUGACUGGAUAUGAUUAAGUGUUGUGCAAGCUAGGCUCACAGGGCUUCAUUUUUCUUGUGCUUACAGCAAUACUUAGGACGUGACAAGGGGAGGCAGGAGGAGACUUCUCAGGGGUUUUCUCUAACAUCAGUCUCCUAAAAUGAAUUAGAAUAUGAGUGUAUUUCUGAAAACACAUUCACAGCUCAAACAAUGUGGGGCAGAGAGACAUCUUUCAUUUUACAAUGUUAACACAGUAAGUAAAGCUUACUAACGCUUCUAAGCCUGAACAGUCUUACUGUUUGGUGUGCUUUACACUGCUGUCUUACUCUGAAAAGAAUGAGCACUGUCCUCAAACAACAUGCCAUGUAAGGAUUUGCACAAUUCAGUUUUGGAAAAAAACGCACAAUAAAUAAAGUGUUCAAAAUUUUAAA